AUGUCUCAGAUACGACCCUUUAAAGAGGCAUUUAAAACAUACGUUGACAGCAUUAUGUCUCAGAUACGACCCUUUAAAGAGGCAUUUAAAACAUACGUUGACAGUAUUAUGUCUCAGAUACGACCCUUUAAAGAGGCAUUUAAAACAUACGUUGACAGUAUUAUGUCUCAGAUACGACCCUUUAAAGAGGCAUUUAAAACAUACGUUGACAGUAUUAUGUCUCAGAUACGACCCUUUAAAGAGGCAUUUAAAACAUACGUUGACAGUAUUAUGUCUCAGAUACGACCCUUUAAAGAGGCAUUUAAAACAUACGUUGAUAGUAUUAUGUCUCAGAUACGACCCUUUAAAGAGGCAUUUAAAACAUACGUUGACAGUAUUAUGUCUCAGAUACGACCCUUUAAAGAGGCAUUUAAAACAUACGUUGACAGUAUUAUGUCUCAGAUACGACCCUUUAAAGAGGCAUUUAAAACAUACGUUGAUAGUAUUAUGUCUCAGAUACGACCCUUUAAAGAGGCAUUUAAAACAUACGUUGAUAGUAUUAUGUCUCAGAUACGACCCUUUAAAGAGGCAUUUAAAACAUACGUUGAUAGUAUUAUGUCUCAGAUACGACCCUUUAAAGAGGCAUUUAAAACAUACAUUGACAGUAUUAUGUCUCAGAUACGACCCUUUAAAGAGGCAUUUAAAACAUACGUUGACAGUAUUAUGUCUCAGAUACGACCCUUUAAAGAGGCAUUUAAAACAUAG